AUGUGUAGUUUAUACAAUGAUCCAAGUUUCAGGCAUGAUCAAUCUACACAGAAGGGGCACAGGGAAGAGGCGCAGCAGAGAUCUGGAAGACCGUUGCGGAUCAAUGCAAACAAAGGUGAGGUUAACAAUACAGGUAGGACGUGCCCUUUACACAAAUACGCGCAACAUACGCUUGACACCUGCAGAGAAUUUAGGAAAAAGCCCAUAGAGGAACGAAGGCAGUUUUUAAAAGAUAAUAAGUUGUGCUUCAGGUGUUGCAAGUUUGAACAUAGAAUUAGGGACUGCAAGGUACCAAUUAAGUGUGAUGAAUGCAAUAGUUUGAAACAUACAAGUAGCCUACAUUUUGAUUGGAAACCAACAGAAAAGUAUGACAAGCAAAAGGACAAUGACAAGAAGCAAGAGAGUCCAAGUUCAAGAAGUCACGAUAGUGUUAACUCCAAGUGUUCUAAAUUGUGUGGAGAUGCUUCUUUGUGCAAAUCAUGUGCCAAAAUACUUAAGGUUAACGUAUACCACAAGGAUAAUACCAAUUUUAAAGUAAAAAUGUACGUUGUCCUUGACGAUCAAAGUAAUAGAACGUUGGCAAACUCUCGCUUCUUUGACAUCUUCAAGAACAUCUGCUCUUAUAAAGAGAUAGAAUAUACCUUGUCUUCAUGUAGCGGAAAAGUUACCACAUCUGGGCGCACAGGACAAGGUUUCAUUAUAGAGGGUAGUGAAGGACCCAAGUUCAAUUUACCAUUAAUUACCGAGUGUUCAGAAAUUCCGGACAACAAGGAAGAAAUUGCAACUCCUGACGUGGCACUGAAAUAUUCUUACCUUCGUCGAAUUGCUGACGAUAUACCAGACUUAGACGAGGAAGCAGACAUCAUGUUGUUAAUUGGCAGAGACCUCCCUGACGUACACCAUGUGAAAGACCAAAUUGUCGGUCCGGAUGGUCCCUAUGCACAGUUGCUUAACUUAGGAUGGGUCAUUAUCGGAGAAACAUGUAUUAGGAAUGCCCACAUACCUCCUAUCUAUGUUAAGAAAACUUCUAUUCGAGACGGACGACAGUCGAUUCUCCCCUCUUGUUCAAAACUUUAUACUAUAAAGCACCAUAGUGUUGAUGAUUGCCAUGGUUUGGCAUGUGAUCUUUUUGUUAGAGAUAGAGACGACAAUAAAGUUGGCACCUCCAUAGAGGAUCGAGAAUUUCUGUCAAUCAUGGAAACAAAGUGUAAGAAAGACGAAAGAGGUUAUUGGGUAGCACCACUUCCUUUUAGAUUGGACAGACCGUUGUUACCAAACAAUCGCGAUAUCGCCCUUAGACGAGCAUUGAUGUUGGACGCAAGCCUCAAAAGAAAUACAACCAAGGCAAAGCACUUUGUUGAAUUUAUGUCAAAGGUCAUGAAGUCGGGAGCUGCAGAGGUUGCACCACCAUUGGGCAAUGGAGAAGUCUGGUAUUUGCCAAUUUUUGGUAUAUACCAUCCUAAAAAACCAGACAAAAUUAGAGGCGUAUUUGAUUCCUCAGCCAUCUGCAAAGGAACAUCCUUGAACAGUACCCUAUUGUGUGGACCAAACCUGAUCAAUAGUCUGUUAGCAGUAUUAUUACGGUUCCGUAAAGACUCUUGUGCAGUAAUUGCGGAUAUAGAACAAAUGUUUUACUCCUUUCUUGUGCAGGAGAACCAUCGCGACUACUUAAGGUUCUUUUGGUAUAGGAACAAUGACCCUGAUGACAGUUUGAUAGAGUACCGCAUGUGUGCUCACGUGUUUGGGAAUAGCCCAUCACCAGCAGUCGCUAAUUACUGUUUACGAAAGACUGUUGAAGAUGCAGAGAAGGAUGUAAAUGCCUUUGUCAACAACAAUUUUUAUGUAGAUGAUGGCCUUAUUUCCCUACCAAAUACUAAUGACACUAUAAGCCUCAUGAAGAGAACCCAGGCUUGUCUCAGUACUGCCAAUCUAAGACUCCAUAAGAUAGCCUCUAACAAAAAACAGGUCAUGAAGGCCUUUCCUGAAGAAGACUUACAAAAUGAUCUUAAAUCACUUAACCUUGAUGUAGACAAGCUACCUGUGAACCAGAGCCUUGGUUUGUCUUGGGAACUAAACUCUGAUAGUUUUAGAUUUAGCCUGGAACUUGAAUCGAAGCCUUACACACGCCGUGGUCUUCUCUCAACUCUGAAUAGUGUGUACGACCCCCUUGGUUUCGCAGCGCCUUUCACCAUUCGCGGAAAGAUGUUACUCCGAGAAAUUACUACAGGCUGCGACUGGGACGAACCCCUUAAUCCUGAUUUACAGACAAAGUGGGAUGCCUGGAAACAUUCUUUGCUGUCUCUGCGUGAACUCACAAUCCCACGAAUGUACUUACCUGAGUCAUUGAGUAUGUGUAUUGACAAACAUCUGUGCAUCUUCUCGGACGCAUCUGAAAAGGCUGUAAGUGCAGUAGCGUAUAUAAGGUCUCAGAGUGACAGUGGUGAAGUUUUAACAGGGUUUGUCAUUGGUAAGAGUAAGUUAGCCCCUACACAUGGUCAUACCAUACCUAGGUUAGAGCUUUGUGCAGCCCUCCUAGCAGCAGAACUAGGUGAGACAGUUAUCAGUGCCCUUGACGUAACUUUCAACUCUGUUAGGUAUUACACCGACAGCCGUGUAGUGCUUGGUUACAUCAACAAUACAACCAGACGUUUUUUCAACUAUGUAUGUAAUAGAGUACAGAGGAUUCUCUUCUUAACGAAAGCUGACCAAUGGCAGUAUGUGAAUACAAAAUCCAACCCCGCUGAUAUUGGGAGCAGAGGAUGUAUGUCCCCAGAACUGUUGACUACUUGGUUACAAGGUCCAGACCUUUUGCAGACUGCAAAAAUGGACACUUCUGAAACCUUUCCCUUGAUCUUACCGGAUAAAGAGGUACGGCAAGCAGUUUCUGUGCUGAAGUCCUCAGUAACUACGAGCACAGCAGACCACUUUGAACGGUUUUCUUGUUGGAGAAGACUGGUAACAGCAUUUGUUGUCCUUAAGAGAGCUGCUAGAAACUUUAAAUCCCGCAAAUCAUCUGAUUUGAACAAAUCUGCUUGCGACAAGAUAUCUACAUUGGUGGACUAUCGCAAAGAAGCAGAACUCUUCAUUGUUAGAGCGAGUCAGUCGAAGACAUAUUAUGAUGAAAUAAAGUGUCUUCAGAAGUCAAAACCAGUUGAUAGGAACAGCCCAAUUGUUCAACUUAAUCCAGUUUUGGACAAGGAUCAGAAUAUUCGUGUUGUGAGCUUUAUGUCUUAUAGAUAA